UGCACUCAUUAAUGACAGGACAAUCUUUGCAAAUUAUUUCACAGCAAUAUCUAAACAAAUAUUCCUGGAUUCCUCGUAGCUUAAAAAGUGAGCAAGCUGUAUUAUUCAUUGAUUUUUGCUUCUGCAUAUAGUGCCACCAUGUUCCAGUAUCUAUGAGCGUGCAUGUCGAUGGCUGCUUGGAAUAGCUGAACCAUGUGAUUCUCGCGGAUCCUAUUUCGGAACCCUUUAAGUUCAUGCACACUGCUCACAGCGGCUGGAAGAAUAGCAAACCAACACAGUGUUUAAUCUCAUUGUAUGUCCUCCGCUCUUGAGACGCGCACGGUGGUGUCAGCUGAUAAGACGUUUUCAAGUGUGUGCGGCGUGAACCUGCCCUGCGGUCGCAAUGAUGGCGCUGGACAAGCUGCUGAGCUUUGGGAAGCGGUUGCUGAGGGUGAAGGUGGUGGACUGCAACGCGGAGGACUCGCGCCUGUCACGAUGCCUCAACACGUUAGACCUAGUGGCCCUCGGAGUGGGAAGCACUCUCGGAGCGGGUGUCUAUGUGCUAGCGGGGGCUGUUGCACGAGAGAAUUCAGGUCCUGCCAUUGUGCUGUCUUUCCUGAUAGCUGCUUUAGCAUCAGUGUUAGCCGGCUUGUGCUAUGCUGAAUUUGGAGCUCGUGUUCCUAAGACAGGCUCAGCUUAUCUGUACUCCUAUGUAACUGUCGGAGAACUCUGGGCGUUCAUCACUGGGUGGAACCUCAUCCUCGCUUAUAUCAUCGGUACCGCCAGUGUGGCUCGGGCAUGGAGCGCCACCUUCGACGAGUUGAUAGGGAAGCGAAUAGAGCAUUUCAGCAGACAAUACAUGUACAUAAACGCACCGGGGGUAUUGUCAGAAUACCCCGACAUGUUUGCUGUUUUCAUUAUCAUCACCCUCACAGGUCUGCUGGCAUUCGGGGUGAAAGAGUCUGCGAUUGUCAACAAAGUUUUUACAUGCAUCAACAUCUUGGUUCUAUUGUUCAUGGUGAUCUCUGGCCUGGUCAAGGGCACGAUGAAGAACUGGUACCUGGACCCUGAUGAAAUCCUACAUGUCAGCAAUAGCAGCAACUCCAGCCUCAACCUCACAGACAUCCUGCCAACCAGAGAAGAGUUAGGUGUUGGUGGCUUUAUGCCUUUUGGUUUCGCCGGAGUGCUGUCUGGAGCUGCUACCUGUUUCUAUGCCUUUGUGGGGUUCGAUUGCAUAGCAACCACAGGUGAAGAGGUGAAAAACCCCCAAAGAGCCAUCCCCAUUGGCAUCGUGUCCUCGCUGCUUAUCUGCUUUGUAGCCUACUUCUGCGUUUCCGCAGCCCUCACGCUCAUGAUGCCGUACUACCUGUUGGACAGCAAAAGCCCUCUGCCCGUAGCCUUUAAGUACGUGGGAUGGGAUGGAGCCAAAUACGCUGUGGCUGUCGGCUCUCUCUGUGCACUGUCAACAAGCCUGUUGGGUUCCAUGUUCCCCCUGCCUCGUAUCAUCUUUGCCAUGGCUCGAGAUGGCCUACUUUUCUCCUUCUUGGCCCGCGUCAGCGAGAGGAAAUCCCCCGUAACAUCCACAAUGACUGCCGGGGUUCUGUCUGCAAUCAUGGCGUUUCUGUUUGACCUGAAAGAUCUGGUGGACCUGAUGUCCAUAGGGACACUGCUGGCCUAUACGUUAGUAGCUGCCUGUGUCCUGGUGCUAAGGUAUCAGCCUGAGCUGCCCGGUGGAGCGUAUCAGAUGGCCAAUACCCAGGAGGAGAUGGAGCCAAGCGAUGGGAGUAUGGGCAUCCUACCCGGUGUGGAGGAGAGGUUCAGCUUGAACACCUUGCUCUUCCCAGACAGCCUGGAGCCCACCUCCCUGUCAGGCUCCUCGGUCAACAUCUGCGCCUCUGUACUGGGCCUGCUCAUAUUGGUGUUCAGCGUACUGGCAGUCCAGGGAGGCAGUGCUCUGUGGAACCUUGUAGUCCUCAGCCUCAUCUUCAUUAUCUGCCUCGUCCUUGUUUUUGUCAUCUGGAGGCAGCCCGAGAGCAAAACAAAGCUUUCGUUCAAGGUUCCACUGCUGCCCUUCCUUCCGGUGAUCAGCAUGUUCAUCAACGUCUACCUGAUGAUGCAGCUGGACCAAGGCACUUGGAUACGCUUUGCCAUGUGGAUGCUUUUAGGCUUUGUGAUCUACUUCUGCUACGGCAUCCAUCACAGCGUAGAAGCGAAGAUGGCCCGCUCGUCCCCCGACAUGGAGAUGGACAGCUACAAGAGCGACCACGAUUCCAUCACACCGGAGAAAGAGGCCUUCCUUCACAACGGCAUCGAGGUCAGGGAGGACGACGACAGAGACUUGUAGGGACGCGACAACCCCAUGUAUCUUCCAGCCCCCUCGCUGCCGUGACUCCGUCAAGGGCGGACAUUACCAGUGGUCACGCUCAAACACAGGACUAUUGAAGCUCUACGCUGCCGUGACGAGUGAUUUGCAUGAGGGUGCAGCUGUCUCGGUAUGUAACUCGCUCCUGAUCAUGUUUUUGAAACAACUUUGUAUUGACAUAUUUCUACACAUGCAAUAACUCACCCGCCCGUUGAAGUUUAUACGCUCAACAGCACGGCAUUGUCCUACUCUUAUGUAAGCCGUGCUGAAAUGUUCCGGUACUCCUGGCAGGACACUCCAACACAGAUAGCUUGCCUAUGAUGUUAUUGCUGUCCUUCGCUUGGCAGAACAAACGGGGCCACAGUGCUGCACCUGUUGGGACAGCACUGACUAUACCACCCUUUCACACCUUCUCUGAAAUGAAGAUUUCAGAUUUAACAUCCGGUGGCACAAAGCCCGCAGAGGUGUCUAAUUAUCCGAUAACAAGAUGACGUUUUGUAGUAAAGAAGCGCACAAUAUCCCACUUUGAGGUAGGGAAAAAUGAGGAUUGUUUGGAUAUAUAUGACGAGUAUUAGGCAUUGCGUGAUCAUUUCCACAGUGCUGGCUACUGUGUCUUUCAGCAUCCAUUGCUUAUAAAAAAUGUAAUUUGUAUAUUUGCUUUUCUCCCUUUAUAACUUUUAUUAUAUCCUUCCUGUUUUUAAGGCUUCUCGGAUUUUAAGGGAAUUGGAUCAACCACCUGGGAUAUUUGUAUGAGUUCAUUAUAAGCCAGAACUAUUUAUAAGUUCAGGUCUUAUUUUUAAGACCAGGUAUUUACUGUGUGAGUUUUUUGGCAGUCGCAGUACAACAAAAGUAGUGCGAUCAUAUACAGAAGAAUUACAAACAUGUAUAUACAACUUUGUUUAUAUUCUGUUAAGUAAAUUAUUUGUAAAUGUC